AUGAAUCGAUUUCUCCGACCUGGGCCGAUUCGUGGUUUCCUUUUGGAUAUCACAGGUGUUCUCUACAAUAGUGCUGAAGGAAGCGAUGGGAUCACCAUUUCUGGAUCUGUUGAUGCUGUGAAUAGACUCUACAAAGAAUCUCGAGUUCGAUUUCUCAGCAAUGAAAGUACGCAUACGACAGAGAAAGUUGUUGCGAAAUUGACGAGGCUUGGAUUCACAUUACAGCAAUCAGAUGUGAUCACCCCGGCUCCCGUUGCUGCAGAUUAUCUGAAAGAACGAGAUCUUCAUCCACAUUUACUCCUUCAUCCAGGUGUCUCAUCAUAUUUCCCGACAAGUUCUCGUGAAGCAAAUUGUGUUUUACUGGGCGAUGCUGAACAUGAAUUUUCAUUUCACAACGUCAAUAUGGCUUUUCGAGCGUUGAUGAAAAUGAAAAGACCAUUGUUAUUGAGUCUAGGACAAGGAAGAUUCUACCAACAAACAGACGGGCCAACUAUCGAUAUCGGGGCUUAUGCUGAAGCACUCAAAUAUGCAUCUGGUUGUGAACAUGUUGUGAUUGGGAAACCGUCACCUGAAUAUUUCCAAUAUGCACUCGAUCAACUGGGAUGUUCCAGUGAAGAGACUGUGAUGAUCGGCGAUGAUAUCAUUUCGGAUGUUGGAGGAGCACAGAAAUUUGGAAUGAGAGCAAUUCAAGUUCGGACGGGAAAAUGGAGAAAUGAAUGGGAAAAGCAUCCAAUCGUCUCUCCAGAUUUGAUUGUUGAUUGCCUUGCAGUGGCUGUAAAUUCAAUCCUUGACGCUCAACAGAAACAA